AUGAUUGAUAUUCUUGUUAAUACCGUUGUUCGCCCUUUACUGAUUGAAUCAAGAUUAGUUUUUGUCUAUUGUUGUUUGAUUGAUGAGGCAGAAUUGAAUGAUAGUUUGCCUUGGUAUCAUGACAUAUAUCAGUUUCUGAGACUUGACAUAUAUCCUGAGGUCGCCACGACCAAGGAUAAGAAAGCAUUGAGACAAUUAGCCACUCGGUUUGUGAUAUGUGGGGAGACACUGUACAAACGAUCAACUGAUGGGAUGUUACUAUUGUGCUUAGAUCGCACCUCUGUCGAUCGAGUGAUGAGAGAGGUUCACAUUGUUGCCGGUUUGUUCAGAGAUGUCCAAAGUGCCAAAUUCAUGGGGACCUUAUUCACGUACCCCUUUCAGAGUUACAUGCACUGA